AUGGUUUUAGGAGAUAGCAUUAGUGCAGGUUAUGGCAUAGAACCACAGCAAGCAUGGGUAAAUUUACUGCAAAAACGGUUAGACCAACAGUAUCCGAAACAACACAAAGUGGUCAAUGCCAGUGUGAGUGGUGAAACCACCAGUGGUGCUUUGGCUCGUUUACCCAAACUGUUGCAAACGCAUAAGCCAAAUGUGGUGGUGAUUGAGCUUGGCGGGAAUGAUGGACUACGGGGUCAGCCACCUCAGAUGAUUCAAAAAAAUUUAGCGCAAUUGAUUCAGCAGAGUCAAAAAGCCAAUGCCACUGUGGUUGUCUUGGGAAUGAAAAUGCCACCAAACUAUGGCACAGCCUAUAGCAAGGCAUUUGAAAAUAAUUACAAAGUGUUCAGUUUGCAUCAAGGUUUCAACCGAAGGACGGACACGGUUUACAAUCGACAUCAAGUUUGCAGACGGUGGGCUAUCUGGGUUCAUCAGGGUGUCAAUGGUGGCUUGAAUCGCACCGCAAUGGCUAUGACCAAGUACCACAACUACCGCGCAGUCAUAACGCUCAGCCGCAAAUUCAACACUGCCAACUUGCGAAGCCAUGCGGUAGAAAAUACCAUCAUCAAAGACAAGCUCAGUUUACAAAGCUAUCUUCUACAAGAACGUGUCACCGCCGGCUUAAAAACCAAAACACUUAAAGUGGAUGAUAUCGUUUGGAGCUAUAACGAAGGCGGUGCAGUUGAUAAACCAACGAUUUUGCUGAUUCAUGGUUUUGCUGGAAAUCGGGACAAUUGGAACCGUGUAGCACAGUUUCUAACGCCGUAUUACCAUGUGGUUAUACCUGACCUUCCGACCAAUGGCGACACCAAAGUCCCUGAUGAUUUUGAUCUCUCUAUGCCAAAUGUCACAGAGCGACUCCGUCGUUUUGUUGAAGCCAUUCAUAUACAAGAUAAGCUGAAUGUUGCAGGACAUUCUAUCGGUGGUUCUAUUGCAACCCUAUAUGCCGCGCAAUACCCUUUUGACACGCAAAGUUUGUUUUUAUUAAACAGUGCAGGGAUUUAUAAGAACGCCAACACCAACUAUGCCAAAGACCCGCAAUAUUUAAAGCACUUGAUUGUGAGCAAGCCGGGCGAUUUUGAUGAUGUGAUGCAACGUGUCAUGCAAACCCCAAUCAAAAUGCCCUAUUAUUUAAAACGCGCCCAAGAAAAACAGUUAAUUACUCAGGCUGAAAAAAACAGUAAAGUGAUUGAUCAAUUGGUGACCUUGAACCGAAUUUAUACCACUGACUCCUUUGCUCGAGUGACCCGAAAUAUUGAAGCGCCCACCCUCAUUUUAUGGGGUAAGCAGGACAAAAUUAUCAAUGUCGAAGUAGCGAAUGAGCUCAAAUCUUUAUUGAAACGUGCUGAAGCUCCUGUCAUCCUUAACAAUGUUGGUCAUAUGCCACUUUUGGAGGCAGAACAAGCAGUUGCACAGCACUACCUGCCUUUUCUUGCAAAAACACAAAAGUUAAAAAAUCCAUUGGCUGAUAAACUGAUUCCACUAAAUUAA